UCAUAUGUUUGAAGUCUGUCAUAUUUGACUUUGUCUUUUAAUGAGUCACGGAUAUUUUCGAGUCGGUAGUUUCGCAAUUUUAAUUUAAUAAGUUCUCGUCAUUCUAGUGCCGGGUACACAAGUUAGUUGUAUAUUAAAACAACACAAGAAAAAAAGGCAACAUGAGUCUACAGUGGACAAUAAUUGCAUCAUUUCUAUACGCCGAAAUAGCCUUUGUGCUUUUGCUAACUUUGCCGAUUGCAAGUCCUUCGAAAUGGCAAAGGUUCUUCAAAUCCAAAUUUUUGGCUUACAUCAGCGGGCAAGCUUCAAUUUACUUCCUGAUUCUAAUUGGAGUUUUGGUACUAUGUCUCCUAGAUGCUAUUCGAGAAAUGCAAAAGUAUUCAAACAUGGAAUCGUCAGAUCAUCAACAUCUGGACGCCGAAAUGCAAGGUAACAUGCGUUUGUUCCGAGCACAGAGGAACUUUUAUAUCUCUGGUUUCGCUCUAUUCUUGCUUAUUGUGAUUCGUCGUCUUAUCCAAUUGAUAUCUGAAUUGGCGACUGUGCUUGCUACUUCUGAGGCCAAUUUCCGUCAAGCGCAAAGCGCUACCGUUGCUGCGAAAUCACUUCUGGAACAACAGGGAUCAGGAGACGAGAAGAGCAAGAAGGAAAUAGAGGAUCUGAAGUCACAGAUAUCUCAACUAGAGAAAGACUUGGCUAAAGAGAAGAAAGACAAAGAAGCUGUCAAAUCUCAAGCUGAGAGUUUGAAUAGAGAAUAUGACCGUCUUGCUGAAGAGCAUAGUAUUCUGCAGAAGAAAAUAACUGUUGCUAGCGGUGAUAAGAAAGAUGAGUAAAAUAUAUGAUCAGAAUCAUGAUUU